AUGGAGACCCCAUUGGGAAGAAGCUUUGAGACAAUUUUCUUCCUGUGGUUUGCAUUAUCCGGAUGGCUUUUUCAGAUAUUGAUUUUCGCUCCGUGGGUGCUUCCAUUUGCCGCUCCUCUUCUCAUUGGAGCAGUUGCCAACAACCUUGUUAUUAAGGGUGCUUGUCCGGCUUGUAAGAGGCAAUUUGUUGGUUACAAGAAUCGAGUAAUCCAUUGUGGAAGCUGUGGAAACACUGUGUGGCAUCCAAAAUCAGACUUCUUUUCAAGAGACGGUAGAGGAGGCCCUUCUUCGUCAAGGUCAGAGCCGUAG